UAAACAGGAUAUCGGAAGCAGACUUAAAAAUGCAGGAUGCAUUAUUAUUACCAAAUUCCAAAAAUGCAGUACAAUUAAUAAUUGCCAAACAUCUAAACAUGAUAAACUUUGCAAGAAAGAUGGACCAAGUUUAUUCUGAUGGAUUAUUUUGUCAUUUUGUGUAUUGUACGAUAGAAAUCUGUUUGGCGGCAUAUACAAUUUUGACAGUACUAGAGACUAACAGCGAGUCAAUUCUUAAACACGGUAUAAUAAUUUUUGUUGUCAUCUUCGUAAUUGGAGGAUUUUGUACUGCUGGAGAAUACCUGCAAUCUAAGAGUUUGUCAAUUGUGGAUGAUGUUUAUUUUCUUCCUUGGUAUGAACUGAAACCAGAUGUAUGCAAAAUGGUAGUGGCAUUGAUUCAAAGAGCGCAAAUUCCUAUAUCACUGACAGCGGGAAAAUUUGUAAUUUUGUCAAACUCCAGUUUUUUACAAUUCCUCAUUUCAUUUUACAGAAAAAACAGGAGGUUCACUGAAGUUGGGUCUUUUUAUUACAUGUCUUUUGGUCAUCCUAGGGAUACUCUUAAAGCGUCUAAUGUCAGUACGAAAGAUGUACCGGGAACUUCCAUGUCUUCCAGACGUCUUCAGGUCAUCUUUAGGAUACUGGACGUCUUAGAGACGUUGAUUGGCCUGACAUAGGACGUCCUAGGAACGUCCCAAGGACGUUCUGGAGAUUUUCAUAGUCUUGUGGCCAAUGGGAAACCAACCACUUGCCAAGUAGGGCUAUAAGUCAGGGAUUGAUUUACAG